AUGAAGGCUGUAGCCCUCUUUUGUCUUGUAGGACCAGUUUUUGCUAUUUCGACCCAUCCUGUAAACCACAAGCUGAGAAUUCACAGACAGAAAGCUCCAGAAAAGAGUGAAUAUAUUCAUCCAGAAGCUUCAAAGGAAGAGAGCACAGGGUAUGUAGACAAGGGUGAUUUGCUGCCCACUCCCAGAAACUUAAAACCAGGCUCUGAAGACAGGGAUGGGCCCCAGACCAUGAGGAAACAAGAAAGCACUGGGAGCAAGCAUCAAGUAAAAAACAGCCUGAAAAGCAUCAAUUUCCUUGCAGUGCACAACAUACUAGGUUUGGUCUCUGAUAACCAGGACAGUGACUCUGGGAGCAGCGGCAGAGAACAGUCCAGCUCUGAGCACAACCAGCUCAGGAAACAUGAGAAACAUGGGAACACAGCAAACCGACACCUCCCAGGCCCUGCAGAACACCCAGUGGGCGCUUUCAGCCUUCAUCAUGAGCAUAACAUGUGGAAAUACAACAAAAAUGCUGUUGGCCUGUCCAAAAAAAACAGCGAAAGCAAUGAUGAGGAAAGCAUGGAAGAAGAGGAUGAGAAAUGGGGUGAAGAAACUGAUUACAGAGACAAACACAAAGACCAUCAGACAUGUCAAGGUGACCAAUACAAUAGACAGCAACAUGAGAACAGCAUGCAAUUAGAUGAACUAUUGAGAGAUUACAGCCAACUAACCUGGAAAAACAAAAGACACAGUGAGAAAUUCGACCUAGAGGAAGAAGAGAGGGAGAACAGGAAGAAGUCCUAUAAAGAAGAAAUCCCCCUCUCUCAAAAAACCCAUAAUGAAUAUCAGGAUGGCAAACAGCAAAGUCAAGAGAGAAAAUACCGCAUUGAACUGAACUAUCAGAGUGAUCAUGAUACAGUGGUGAAAAUACAAGAUAGGGAAGACAGUAAUGAUGAUGACAGUCAUGACAGUGGUGACAUUGAUGGUGAGGAGUAUCUCAGCAGUACCUCGAAAGAAACAGCCAAUGAAGAAGAGGAGAGAAUCCAGAGUAAUGACCAGGAGAGGACCAGUACCAAGCCUGAAGGAGAAGGAACCACUGAAGAUGACACUGCAGUUCACAGAGAGACUGAGGAUUACCAAAUUGUCAAGAUUAAAGACUUUGCUCACUCUGAACAAGAUUAUUAUGAUCACGAGUCACCCAAUUCUGACAACAAGCAACAACUGAAAAUGAGUAGCUCCAUUCAGAACAUGAAUUCAAUGGACAGUGAAGAUAAGGUUAAGACUACAGGCAGUUCCCAUGGUGAGAUGGAAAGUGUCAGCAACAGGAAUGAGGAGGCUCUCCUUGGACUGCCAGACACAUGUUGGAACUUCCACUGCAAAAGAGGCAAAGUCUGUCAUGCAGACAAACACUGCAUUUGCCAAGAUCCUGCUGCUUGCCCUCCCACCAAAGACUAUGAGCAUGUUUGUGGUGUGGAUAACAAGACUUAUGAUGGGACGCGUCAACUCUUUGGCACCAAAUGUCAACUGGAAGGGACAAAAAUAGGACACCAGCUGCACCUAGACUACAUGGGCUCCUGCAAAUACAUCCCCCCCUGUACUGAUUAUGAAGUGGAUCAGUUUCCCCUCCGGAUGCGAGACUGGCUUAAGAACAUCCUUAUUCAAUAUUAUGAACGUGACCUGAACAUUUCUGGGAUUCUAACUGAAAAGCAAAGGAAUAAGGUAAAAAAGAUCUAUCAGAAUGACAAGCGCCUUGUGGCUGGUGACCACCCGGUUGAGCUGCUCCUGCACGACUUUGAGAAAAAUUACCACAUGUAUGUGUAUCCUGUGCACUGGCAGUUUCACCAGUUUGAUCAGCACCCUGUUGACAGAUUAUUAACACACUCAGAGCUUGCACCCUUGAGAGCCUCCCUUGUUCCCAUGGAACACUGCAUAACCUGUUUCUUCCAAGAGUGCAAUAGAGACAAGGACAAACUCAUUGCUUUGAAGGAAUGGUGCCACUGCUUUGGGAUUAAAGAAGGUAAACCUAAAAGAAUAGGUAGAUGUACCUGA